GGGAGUUUGUGCUCGCCACAGCUGGGCAAGAGAGGAGACCCGGAGACAACACAAGAAUACCUUUUGAAAGUCUGGGACAGGAGAAUGGCGGAGGGGCAGAAUGCUUCGCGCGCCCUUUCGAGACGGCAAAUGUGAGCCAAAACGCAAAACCGGCGAAAAACACUAGUCAGGAGAAACUUGCAAACAAGAGAGGCAACGGGAGCCGAGGAGAGUGUGAAUUAACCUGUGCUCUCUCAUCUCGAAAUGAACUGUCACUCGGGACUACGAUGGUUGGUGAUUUUAUGCGCCUUCUCUCAAGUGGGCUCAUCCCGAGACACGCACGAGAGGACGCGGCAAUGCGACAAGUAUGCAUCGCAGAAAGAUAUGAACUCCUUCCUGUGGACCAUAAAACGUCCUCCCCCUAACUCACCAUCCUAUCUGUUUGGGACAAUCCACGUCCCCUACACCCGAGUUUGGGACUACAUCCCUGAGAACUCAAAAUGGGCCUUCCAAACCAGCACCAGCAUUUUCUUCGAACUGGAUCUCACAGAUCCUCUCACCAUCUUGAAACUCACCAACUGCCAAUUGCUUCCCAACGGAGAGAACCUCCAGACGUUGCUGCCGCGAGACAUCUACCGCCGUCUGAAACGCCACCUGGACUACGUUAAACACAUGAUGCCCUUCUGGAUGACGGCGGACCAGCGUGGACGGGGGCUUUAUGCCGACUAUCUCUUCAAUGCCAUUGCGGGUAACUGGGAACGCAAGCGGCCCGUAUGGGUCAUGUUGAUGGUGAACUCAUUGACGGAAGCAGACGUGCGGUCAAAGGGAACACCGGUGCUCGACCUGUUCUUGGCGCAGGAGGCUGAACGCAUGGGGAAGAAGACAGGUGCUGUGGAGAGGGUGGAGGAACAGUGCCAUCCUCUGAAUGGACUCAAUUUUUCACAGGUGUUGUUUGCUCUGAAUCAGACUCUAUUGCAGCAUGAGAGUUUGCGUGCAGGCAUUCUGCAGGACGCCUUUACCACCGAGGACCUCAUAACACACUACAACUGUGGAGAUCUCAACUCCAUCAUCUUCAACCAUGACACGUCACAGCUUCCACAUUUUAUCAACAGUUCCCUGCCAGCUCACGAGCGCUUGACGGCGCAGCAGAUUGACAGUUACCUGCGGCAGGAGCUCAUUUACAAACGCAAUGUGCGGAUGGCACGUCGUGUCUCCGCCCUCCUGCAGAGAAGCCCCACCCAGAGCUUCUUUUUUGCUUUUGGAGCUGGUCAUUUCCUGGGCAACAACAGUGUGCUGGAUAUUCUGCGACAGGAGGGUUAUGAGGUGGAGCAUACACCAGCACAAGAGCCCAUCACACAGAGCUGGUAUGAAGUGGAGGGUACCACUGUGAUUACCACUGAAGGAAGCUCAGAGCCAGCGACGGAAUGGACAUCAGGGCCCCCUGAGCUUGAGGAGACCAGCCAGGAAGAACUCUCCCACAUGCUGCUGCCAGAUAGCCUCAGUCAGCUAGAAGAGUUUGGCCGAUAUAAGCAUCCUCGUAAAACCCAUCGUGCACACAGUCGACCACGGCUGUUCAGUGAUCUGUGGGUGCGUAUAGGAGACAGCACAACUGCACAUCCAAACAUUAGGAUAACCAAUGCCUAUGUGACUGUGGAGCCUUCUUUAACACGACAGAAACAACAGCAAAGAAGAACACAGCUCAGAGACAGACUGAAGACCCCCAGCCAGCUGACAACCCCCAGUGCACUUGACUUUUCUGUUCCAAACCCAAGAUAUGCACUGACUUGCCUUUUGGCCUGUCUCAUUUCACAACUGCUUUUCACUUCCUGAGGAGUUUUUCUGGAGGCAUAUAACCCAUCUCUAGUCAGAAUUUCUUCUGAGGUACACUGCCAUUGUGGACAAAAUAAAUGGUAGUACUGCUUAUAUCAAUUUGGGGGUUUUGCCUUAAAAUAAAUAAAUACAUACAUACAUACUACAAUGCUGUUGCCUCAAUGUGUAACAGCAUACAAAUGUGAGCACUUUCUAUUUGUUACAUCUGACAGAAUGGUAGUCGUAUAUAACAGAAAAAAUAAGAACAUUGUGUUAUAUAGUUAUGUUAUGACUAUGUUCAAACCUGAUUCUCUGAAUGUAAAAAUCAGUUUUAAUGAGUUAUGGUACAUUUAUGUGAAUAGACACGUGACUGGUCUCUACUGCCCAAUCAAAGCAGACAGCAAAGUAAGAAUGUGAAGGUUUUUUUUUUUUUUUUUUUUCAAAUGAGUGAAAUGGGGCAAUAGAAAAUAUACCAAAUUAUCAGUAUCAAGCCUAACACCCAAAUAAUAUAAAAGAGACCAUUUUAUAAUGUAAAAUGGACGGUGAUAGAUAAUGCAAUAACUUAAAUAGUUCACAGAGAUGACACUGUUUUGUAAAUUGUGCAUUUGUUCAUACAGAAAUUUUAUAUUUAUUAUUUC